AUGGCUGCAGCGCCAUCAUUAUUGCUCCCCCGAGCACCCGCUCUCCGCAGAUUUAAACCUCGUUAUUCGAGCAGAUCGUUCUAUUUGACUCUUCUCAUCCUUUCAGUUCUUGUUGGCGCGAGCAUCUUGUUAACUACAGCUCCAAAGCCAUCCGAAUCACCCGGGAUAUCAUAUCUUAAGAAGCGGCACGAUGUCGUUCUUGGGGGAUUUUACGGGCUGGUGUCGACGGAAGAGGACUUAGACCAGUGCAAUUUGGUCCAUCGAGCCCAAGACCAAUGUGCCUUCGUCCGCCAAUACUGCGCCGAUCAUGAAGUAGGCCUUUUCUCCUACCUACAGCUCUACUUCUGCAAACUCGCAAACGUAAAACCAAUCGCGCUUGCCAUUCUAGCCGUAUGGCUGGCAGUCCUUUUCAACACCAUCGGGAUUGCCGCCAGCGACUUUCUAUGUGUCAACCUAAGCACCAUCGCGAGCAUCCUGGGAAUGAGUGAAAGCUUGGCCGGUGUUACUUUCCUGGCCUUUGGAAAUGGCAGUCCCGAUGUAUUCUCGACAUUUGCUGCAAUGAGCUCGAACAGUGGAAGCUUGGCAGUGGGUGAACUUAUCGGGGCAGCAGGAUUUAUAACAGCUGUUGUGGCGGGAUCGAUGGCAUUGGUAAGACCGUUUAGAGUGGCGCGAAGGAGCUUUGUCCGUGAUGUCGUAUAUUUUAUUUUUGCUGCUAGCUUCAGUUUGAUAUUUCUAGCCGAUGGGAAACUACACGUAUGGGAAUGUGCCGCAAUGAUUGCAUUUUAUGGAUUUUACGUCCUUAUUGUCGUUACUUGGCAUUGGCACUUGGCCAAGCAAAGGCGAGAGCGGGAGAGGGAUAUGGCUGCGAGAGCUCAUUUCCAUAUACCCGAGAACCAGGAGCUGGAGAUCGAGGAGCAAGAAGAGGAUGAUGAUCCCGUGGCUGGGCAAACCCGACCCCUGCUUCAUGGAGCCUCAACAGAGGAUUUUGGGGCUUUGGAACGUGGAGAUGUACCCGCCUGGAGGAUAGAUGAUGUUGAUGAAGAUGCAGACACUCGAGAUCUCGCCCAAAUCCAGGGGAGCAUGCGAAUCAAUUGCCCUACAAUGGGCCAACGACGGCCUACCGUCACUCCGAUCCGGCCUAGUUUGGUUGGUGCUCUUGAAUUUCGCUCCGUCUUAUCUUCUCUGCAAAAAUCAAGACUGCAAUCAGGGCCAAUCCAUCUUCGAAGUUACUCUGAUGAAACUACCUUUGCAGAACCGCCGAGGGACACCCAGUCGGACCAGGUGCGCCACUCGCAUGUUCGAUCCUUUAAUACCCGUGUGCGAUCUGUUUCUGCCAAUGACCCCUCAAAUCGUGUCAUAAACAGGCAAGAUCCAGUUCCACCGAAUGUUGAUUUACUGUUGACGUCCUCCCAAGCUGGUGUCCCGGAUGAGCAAGAUCAGGGAAUUGGUGGCUACGCUGCAACGGCCUCGCAUUUUGCACCACCAGAAGGUCUCACUGCUUCGCCUGCGUCAACUGCCUUUCCCUCAAGAUCGCAGAGCCCAGCUGUUCGUGGUCAACCCGUGUCCCUAAACCUAUUAACGCUUCCGGAACAAGAUUUUCAGUCUCCUAACUAUCUCUCUGAACCAACUAAAUACCGCGAUAGUGAUAUCGCACGAUCUCCAAGAUCCAAAUUACUGGAUGAUAUGUCCGACUCGCGAUCAGUGUCGUCGCCACAGAGCUCGACCAGCCCCUUUCCUCCAUAUUCAGACAAUUUUUCAAGCCGUUCACAAUCACCUAUUCCACAUCCUCAACGUACGGAUUUGUCCGUUGCAUCUUCAUACACCCAUCGGGGAUUUGCGGACUCCGAAAUGGAGCCCAAGCCAAUAAACUGGUGGCCAUAUAGAUAUCUGCCCUCCCCUUACGCGAUGGUUGCAGCUUUGUUUCCAACCUUAUAUGGCUGGCAAAGGAAGCCUAUAUGGGAUAGAUGUCUUGGAGUAGUUGCCGCACCCAGCGUAUUUCUCCUAACUAUCACUCUUCCUGUGGUUGAGCCAAAGAAUUCAGAGCCUGAAACGUAUUCAGAACAAGAUCUUAACGGCUCCGGACCCCAGGAUGACGGAACAGGCCUUCAACCGACCCAUUCUAUGCCUGACGUUCAGAUAAUGCCCGUAAUACCGGAUGCAGAUGAAUUGAAUGAAGAUAAUGGCCGCGAUGCAAGGUCGUCACCCCUCACAACUGAAAAUCGCCAUCGACAAGACUCAGAAGCCCCCGUUCCCCCAAGACAGACGAUAGCAGAGCAAGGCAUGCCCCCAUUACCCAAGGAAUGGAACAGAUGGCUUCUAGCCAUCCAACUUCUUAUGGGCCCUUUUUUCGUAACACUAACUGGCUGGUUAACUCUUGACGGCGACCUCAAUCCGCGAAACCUCUUCCUCCCAGCCCUCAUCGCUCUCGCCAUAUCCUUUAUCCUCCUCACCACGUUAAUGCUCAGCACCAAGCACGGCAACAACACCAAAAUCCCGUCGCGCUCACGACCAUUCCUCGCUUUCCUCGGUUUCGCCGUCUCCAUCGCCUGGAUAUCAACCCUUGCAUCCGAAGUGGUGAACCUCCUAAAGGCAAUCGGCGUCAUCCUCAGCAUCAGCGACUCACUCCUUGGCCUGACCAUAUUUGCCGUGGGUAACUCCCUAGGCGACUUGGUCGCUGAUAUCACCGUAGCACGACUGGGAUACCCCGUAAUGGCGCUGAGUGCCUGCUUCGGCGGACCGAUGCUGAAUAUCCUGCUCGGGGUCGGUGUGGGCGGGCUGUACAUGACCCUGCACCCCACCAAGUCAUCACCCAGCUCUGUUAGCAAUAUUGUAGCUCAUUCUCUAGCAGCCACCUCCAACGCGUACGAAAUCGAAGUUUCCACAACGUUGCUGAUAAGCGGCGCGACAUUGUUGGCGACGCUUCUUCUGGUCCUUAUCCUCGUGCCGUUGAAUGGGUGGUGGAUGGAUCGGAAGAUCGGCUGGAGUUUGGUGACAUUGUGGACUGUGACUACUAUUGCAAAUGUGGUUAUGGAAGUAAUGUCUACAAAUUAG